CAUUUCUCUUCCUCUUUUUCCUCGGAGAGAAACACAGUGGAGCGAUAGGAGGGACUCAACAACAGGAGGAUCGGUUGCAUUUUCUUUCUUCUUCUUUCCUUCUUUCUCCGGAGGAGCAGUGCCUACAGCGGAGGGGGGCACCGGAGCGAAUGUAUUUUCCUCAUGUGAGGAGUGUACCCGUGGCCCUGUUGUCGGGCCCGGGAAGAAGCAGCGAGAUGAUGGAGAGCUGCUGGAUGAGGUUGGCACGGGAGGUGCGAGAGGAGCUGCGUGCGGAUCUCCAGAGUGUAGACCUGGGACGGUUGGAGCGGAGCUUGACAGGUGCGCUGGUCUCGUGGGCGGAGACGUUUGGGAUUGAGCUGGAAGGUCAUGGACGCCCGGAGGCUUGUGGACGAGGGCUGUACAGGUUGUCUGCGUUUGACAUGUCCUGCCUCAUGCUGGUGCAUGUUGGCUGGGCUGGUGCGGGACGCUACUACAGGGACCGUCUCGGUGCGAAGCACUGGAUCGCUGUGCGACAUUUGAUGGACCGACCUAAGAGGCAGUGGUCUCUUGGAUGCACGUGUACGUGUCACCAGGAUAGUGAGGCGCAAGGUGAGUUGGUGUUUGCUUACCUGUCGCGCUUCGCUCUGAAUCGGGACGUGGUUCUGGCGAGUCUGCUGUAUACGGCGUAUACGGUACAUCUGCUGGGCAAGCUAGUUGGCGUGGACUGUCUGAGCCUGAUGGCUGGCGAAGUGGAGCAUUUGGUGAUGCGCUUGGAGGCAUGUAAACCCUUGGGUCUUGGGUUUCUUUCCUGGAUGGACCAGCAGCGACGUGUACUGGAGCUGGCCUCGUGCGGAGUCGGGGAGCGUGAGUGUUGUCCUUGCCUCUUGGGGCCUCCCUACCUCCGGGACUUCAUCUCUGUCAUGCCGGGGGCGGACGAGAGAGAUCUUUCGUUGGUGCUGUGGCAGCAGUACCGGACUUCUCCGUCAGGCGUUAGCUGAGAUGAACACCAGCGGUGGCUGGACAAGGUGCGCGUAGCCAAUUGGCGAGAGGUGCUUUGUACCGGGUUGUGACCUCUUCGCAUCUCGUGUGCGAUGGAACAAGUUGUGGAACAAUCCAGUAUGGAGGCGGAGUGUAGAACCAGAGAUAUUGCAUAAACAGCGUG